AUGAAGAGAGAAGAGAGUGUGCGGCGAGAGAGCAUGCAAAUCGAGUUACGGCGCGUCAUUUUCAUUUUAGCAAGGCAGGCCAUGGAAAGGGUUUGCCAGUAUGCCGCGCCCCCCGGCACUCCAGGUUUCGACCCCCAUGAGACUGAGCUGCUUGGGACAAACGGCCUGAAACGCCUCACGGAGGUGCAUCAUAAUGAGAGGGCGAGGGGAAAAAAGAAGACCGGAUACAUGAAGGCCUCGUGCAUGAACUCGGUCGCAGCGGCGGUGCUGCGUAAUUGCUACGGAGCCGAAAUUCCGGCAGUGGACGUGGCCGGCAAUGCGCACAUCUUUCAAGGGGUGAUUCGCAAGAGCAAUACCACCAAGGUAGCAAUACUCCGUAUCAAGUACUCGGUGAUGAGCAAUCGCCAAGCCAAAUCAAAUAGUGUCGUGCUUCGCCUCGAACGUCGUUGCAGCUCGUGUGCCAGUAGUAUCAUGAUUCCUCUUGCCAACAUGUUCGCCUGGCCAUUUGCGCGAGUGAAUGUCUGGCUACGGAAACAUCGAGCUGAGGUACUUGGAGCAUCGAAAAGACAAACAACACGGCCGUUUCCAAAGGGCACAUGGCGUGUGUACAAGCGCACCGGUGCCGUCGACGGUGCCAAAGUUUUGCUGGUUUCAAGCCAAGAGGGCAGCCCCUGGGCCCGCUGGUUUUCGCAGCGGAUUGGCGUCCGUGUCUCUCUCAAACCACUGGGCGACCGACAUAGAUGA